AUGGAAAAACCGAAGCAGAAGAAGAAGAAGAAGAAGAAGGUCUCGUACUCAUACCAAAUCCCAUCUGAGCUCCUUUUAGAUAUAGUCUCUCGAGUCCCUGCAAAGUCAAUAUUUAGGUUUCGUUGCUUAUCUAAAUUCUGGUCAUCCACACUUGGCCUUCCUUAUUUCACUGAGUUGUUCCUCACCAGGUCUUUAGCUCGUCCACGGCUCUUAUUCACCAUCGAAGUUGGUAAAGAGUUAUUCUUCUUCUCUUCUCCUCAGCCUCAUAAUCCAGUUGACAACUCCACUCUUGUAGCCACCCGUAAUCGGAUGAACUUUAAAUAUCUUCCAUCUCGAGUGUCUCCCCCGCUCAGUGGAGCAGUCUUUCUUCAUAGAGAGGGAAUAAAUGAGCCGGUGAUAUGUAACCCCGUGACGGGAGAGUCCUUAACCAUAACAUUACCCAGAGGGAAGGAUAACGGUACUAAAACAAGUUUUUUUGGCUAUGAUCCAAUCAACAAACAGUUCAAAGUUUUGUGUAUUAGAUCACGUUAUAGUGGACGACCCAGAACUCAUCGGGUUUUGACACUGGGGAAUGGAAAACCUGUAUGGAGACCAACGAUGAAAUGCGAACCCCAUGGUGCUGGAUAUGGUGAAAUAUGCAUAAACGGUGUUUUGUAUUACAGGGCUUGCUCUAUAGCAUCUCCUCGUAUGCUAGCUUGUUUUGACUUUAGCUCUGAGAAGUUCAGCUUUGUUACGUUGCUUAAAAAAAUGGUGCGUGGGACUUUAAUCAACUACAAAGGUAACUUAGGCGUAUUAGUAAGACAUGGGUGUGAAGUUGUCUUGUGGGUUCUUGAAGAAGAUGCUGGAAAACCUAAAUGGUCCAAAAGGAUAACCAUACUGUUAAGCUUACACGACGAGAUCGGGAUCCAUUUUAACAUUGUUGGAAUGACCGGUGCUGGUGAAAUUGUGUUUAGGCCGGACCAUAGACCAGACCCUUUCUUCCUUGUCUACUACAAUAUCGAGAGGAACACUUUUGCGAGAGUCUAUAUUCACAUUCCCGGAUCUGAAGAGUUUCACCAUCGUUCAGUUUUCAUUAACACCUCUCUAGACUAUGUUGAGAAUAUGAAGCUUUUGUAUCAACCGCUCGCUUCAUAA